GGCGCCUCUAACUUUUUGCAUAUGAAGUCACCUCUCGAGUCAUCAAAAUCAACAGUUUCAUUCACCUCUACAACAUAUAUUGAUAAGCCAAUCCAACACCCAUUGUGUUAUUUCUUAACCAAACGUUACAAUAAUGGUGUCUCUGAUUGAGAAAUGUGAAGUUGCGCCAUCUCCCGGCAGUGCAGCUGAAUUGACACUCCCUCUUACUUAUUUUGAUCAUGUUUGGUUAUAUUUCCACCGUAUGCGGCGGAUUUUAUUCUACAAGCUUCCUAUUUCCAGACCCGAUUUCGUCCAAACCAUUAUUCCUAGUCUUAAAAAUUCACUCUCGUUCACUCUCAAACACUAUUUACCCCUAGCUGGCAAUGUUUCUUGUCCACAAGAUUGGAGCGGUUAUCCUGAGUUGCGUUAUGUAACUGGAGAUUCUGUAUCUGUUAUUUUUUCUGAAAGUGAUAUGAAUUUCAAUUAUCUCAUUGGUAACCAUCCCCGUAAUGCUAAGGAUUUUUAUAACUUUAUUCCUCAGUUGGCGGAACCUAAGGAUGCACCUGGGUUCCAAUUAGCCCCGGUCUUAGCCAUUCAAGUGACACUUUUUCCGAAUCAUGGCAUAUCCAUUGGUUUCACUAACCAUCACGUUGCUGGUGAUGGAGCUACCAUAGUAAAGUUCGUUAGGGCAUGGGCUUUGCUCAAUAAAUUCGAUGGAGACGAACAAUUCUUAGACAAAGAGUUCAUUCCAUUUUACGAUAGGUCCGUAAUCAAAGACCCUAAUGGAGUAGGGAUGUCUAUAUGGGAUGAAAUGAAGAAAUAUAAGCACAUGAUGAAGAUGUCUGACAUUGUGACUCCUCCUGAUAAGGUUCGAAGUACAUUUAUUAUAACACGGGAUGACAUCGGGAAACUCAAGAAUUUAAUAUUGUCAAGACGACCAAACCUAACUCAUGUAACAUCUUUCACAGUAACGUGUGCUUAUGUAUGGACUUGCAUAAUAAAAUCAGAGGCUGCAAUAGGUGAAGAGAUCGACGAGAAUGGAAUGGAAUUCUUCGGAUGUGCAGCAGAUUGCAGAGCACAGUUCAAUCCACCACUUCCUCCAUCUUAUUUCGGGAAUGCCAUAGUCGGGUACGUUGCAAGAACUAGACAUGUUGACUUAGCAGGAAAGGAAGGUUUUACAAUUGCUGUGGAAUUAAUUGGAGAAGCUAUUCAGAAAAGGAUGAAGGAUGAGGAAUGGAUCUUGAGUGGUGGUUGGUUUAAAGAAUAUGACAAAGUAGAUGCAAAACGGUCGCUUUCAGUUGCUGGAUCACCAAAGCUUGACUUAUAUGCUGCUGAUUUUGGUUGGGGUAGGGCAGAAAAAUUAGAGUUCGUUUCCAUUGACAGUGGUGAUAGCAUAUCAAUGUCCCUUAGUAAGUCCAAAGACUCAGAUGGAGAUCUAGAGAUUGGUUUGUCUUUGUCCAAAACUCGAAUGAAUGCUUUUGCUGCUAUGUUCACUCACGGGCUUAGCUUUCUGUAGCAAGCCUGGCUAAAGUUAUAUUUUUACCACAAAAUGUAGAGUUGCAUUUGCUUAUUUUAGUGGAGUGAUUAAAAUACUUCAAAUUGUAGCUGCAAUACUUGGACAAUUUGGUACUCCCUCCGUUCACUUU